AUGGCCACCACCGUGAUCCUCGGGUCAGGCAUCAUCGGCGUAUCCGCAGCCUACUAUCUGUCCGACCACCAGCCGGCUUCAUCCAUCCAUCUGGUAGAACCCUCUCCGGAGCUAUUCGCGUCAGCAUCGGGCUUUGCGGGAGGUUUCCUAGCCAGGGACUGGUUCGGCCCCGCCGACUCCUCGCUCGGUGCCCUGAGCUUUGACCUUCACCGGAAGCUUGCCGAGAAGUGCGACGGCAGGGCCCAGUGGGGAUAUGCGGCGACGACUACCUUCAACUACACCGGCCCGUCGGCCGGGCCCAAGUCUGGAAAGAAGGCUACGGACUGGCUGUUUGAGGGCACCAGCCGGGCCGAGGCAGCUCCCGAUGCUCCCGCUGACGACAACCUAGGGCCGACGCCGCCUUGGCUGCGGAGGCAGGCGGGUGACCGCAUGGAGCUCAUCGGAGGGGAGGGGACGACGGCUCAGAUAUGA